UGCAACUGUGCUACUGUUAUUUCUGAUUACGACUUACGUCUACAGCCAUUGAAAGUAGCAGUCACAACCUACUAUCAGCCUUCACCAUGGCCACUACUGCAAUGGACUACGAAACCGCCAACGGUGACCGAUUUGAUGAUGAUGGUCCCCGUUACGAGCGUGAUCAGCGAAGCGCGUCUCCCCGAGCCUCCCGUGAUGACGGAAUUGAGACGUCUCGCCGCCGCUCUGCUUCUCCAGCUGCCAACCACCAAGAUCGUGCCCCCAAAGAGGAAAAUGGCAACAAGGACGAGGAUGGUUCUGUUAACCCUGGAUCUAACCUCUUCGUGACUGGAAUCCAUCCCAGGUUGACCGAAGCCGAGGUCACCCGCCUUUUCGAGAAGUAUGGCGAGGUCGAGAAGUGUCAGAUCAUGAAAGACCCCCACACCAAGGAGUCGCGCGGUUUUGGCUUUGUGAAGAUGGUUACAUCUGAUCAAGCCGACGCAGCUAAGGACGGAUUGCAGGGAGAGGAAAUUGAGGGCCGAACCCUUAGCAUUGAGAAGGCUCGUCGCGCCCGCCCUCGCACUCCUACUCCUGGCAAGUACUUCGGUCCUCCCAAGCGAGAGGGUCGUCCUCGCUUUGACGAGCGUCGCCGUGGAGGUGGCUAUGGUGGCGGUGGUGGUGGUGGUUAUGGCGGACGUGACGAUCCGUACCGCUACCGAGGCUAUGAUCGACCUCGCUACGAGGAUCGCGGUGACCGCGGCGACCGUGGUUACCGUGAGGACCGUGGAUAUGAUCGUAGCUACCGUGAUGCUCGAGGUGGCGGUGGCUAUAGUGGCGGCCGAGAGGAUCGCGGAUACGACCGCAGCUAUGAUCGUAACUACGGUAGGGAAGAUCGACGUGAGCGUGGUGGUGGUAGUGGUGCUGCAGCAGCUGCUGCUGGCGGUAGCAGCAGCGGCGGUGGUGGCGGUGGCGGUGAGGAAGGGUACGGACGAAUUGACCGCUAUGCUGGUGGUCGUGAGGAGCGAGACCGCUACGGACCCCGAGGUGGAGAUGAACGACGUGGCCCUGGCUACGAACGUGAACGUUUCGACCGUCCCGAUCGCGAUGGCGGUGCUCGUGCUCGCGAUCCUGCCGCAUCCAGCUAUGGCGAAUCUGCAGCUCGACCCGAGGCCCGCGAAACUUACGGAGGUGCGCCUUGAUCACCGAAAGAACGAUAAUCCGACAUAUUCAGCCUGCCGCUGCUAAUGCGUCAUUCAGGAAACGGUCGCUAUACGCGUUAAGGGUAUUUCCUCCGCACUCGCGUCUCCAUAAUGGUUCGGUGCUCGAUGGUAGUAUCGGGCGUCUCCUUCAUCUUGUGUCAUUUCUCUUCAGGCUUGCGAGUACGGCGGAUACCAUAAAAGAUGUGACAUAUGGA